GCAUGUUAGAGCUCAGGCCCCUUCUUCAGUCCUCAGACACACACUGAGAACCACACCGUCCUCUAAAACCUGCAAAUAUGGACUUAACUGAGAAGACUAUAUAAACAAGACAUCAUCAACAACUAGGUGGAGAAAGAGCUGCUCACUAUGAACGCAGAGGACGCAGUGACGUCCCCCCAGGACGGGCCGACGCCUCGGUGGAGCAUAGGCUCCAGCUCCGGGCUGCAUUAUGGCUCCUUUGCAAACAGCCUUGCGUCCCUUACACCGAUGGCUGUGGAAAAACCAGCCAUAUCACCGAGACGGGCCCAUUUAGCCGUAGCUGUGCUCUGCUAUCUCAACUUGCUCAACUACAUGGAACGGUACACAAUAGCAGGUGUCCUCUCCAACAUUCAGAGAUUCUUUAAUAUAAGAGACAGUACGGCUGGACUUCUGCAAACAGUUUUUAUCUGCAGUUUCUUGCUUUUGGCCCCUCUCUUUGGUUACCUUGGGGACCGCUACAACCGGAAAUACAUCAUGAUUGGUGGUUUGAGUGUGUGGCUAGUGACUGCAGCCGGCAGCUCUCUUGUGACUGAGUCGUUAUUCUGGCUUCUGGUGCUGUUGCGAGCCCUGGUCGGGAUAGGAGAGGCCAGCUAUUCCACCAUUGCUCCCACCAUCAUCGGGGACCUCUUUACCGGUGGUCAACGGAGCAUCAUGAUCUGCGUCUUCUACAUCUUUAUCCCAGUUGGAAGUGGUCUUGGAUACAUCGUGGGGGCCGGGUGUGCGAACCUCACAGGGGACUGGCGCUGGGCUCUCAGGAUCACUCCCAUCUUGGGUCUUGUGGGACUUUUCUUGUUGGUUUUCUUAUGUCCUAACCCAGCCAGAGGCGCUGCAGAAACCCAUGGACAGGGAGUGGCAGAGCAGACCUCGUACAAGGAGGACGUCAAGUAUCUUCUGAAAAAUAAAAGUUAUGUGUGGUCCUCAUUCGGAGUUACGGCCAUGGCCUUCCUCACCGGAGCCCUGGCUUUCUGGAUGCCUACGUUUCUGUCCAGAGCUCAGGUCACUCAGAAGAUCCGACCGCCGUGCACCAAGGAGCCUUGUGACUCUACAGACAGUUAUAUCUUCGGUGCUGUGACGGUGGUGACGGGCAUUCUGGGAGCGAGUCUCGGCACCGGUUUAUCAAGAUGGUUAAGGAACAAGGUGUCAAAUGCGGACCCGCUCAUCUGCGCAGUAGGCAUGCUGGGAUCGGCCCCGUGCCUCUUCAUCACCAUAUUCGUGGCAUCAGAAAGCAUUCCAGCCACUUACGUAUUCAUUUUCUUAGGUGAAUUAUUGCUGUCACUGAACUGGGCUGUUCUCGCUGAUAUACUGCUGUAUGUUGUCAUACCAACCAGAAGGGCGACAGCUGAGGCCCUACAGAUUACGGUCUGUCAUCUCCUGGGUGAUGCUGGGAGUCCGUACUUAAUAGGAACGAUCUCUGAUGCUAUACGCAAAGUUAAACCUGGAACCGAUGAGUGGAGCUUCCACAGUCUGAAGUACAGCCUCCUGGUCUGCCCGUCUGUGGGAAUCCUGGGUGGACUGUUUUUCCUCAUGACUUCCCGCUACAUUACUGAAGACAGGAAGGCAGCUCAGGAGUUGAUUGCAGGAGCUGGAAAUGAGGGUCCCCCACCUCAGCCGAAUCCUGCACCUGAACCCUCCAUGGAACUGAGCAACAGUAAUAAGUAAAACUGGAGAAAAGCUGCCAUUAAUUAAUUUAUCUGUAAAUAUCUGAAGUUAAGUUAAAAACCACUGGUGUGGAGAAAAGGAUGUCGCAGCUGAUCCAAACGGGUCCUUUUCCGUCACUUUACAGCCGCACACUGAUGACAGAUGCAGAGAAAACUUGUUAAUUCACACUGUCGGACCAGGAAAUGCCUUUUUAAAAGUGUGUGUCUGUUCACUCAGGCUUAUAAUUGUAUUUUAUGCAAUUGAAGUCGAGUCAGUUUUAUUUAUAGAUCACAAAAUCACAACUUUGCUUAAGCGCUGUAAAAUCUGUGCAGCAGAUAAAACCCUGCAGAGCAAAAACUCACCUGUAAAAACUCAGGGGAAAUAAAGAAAAAAGAAGAAAGUGGAGACACUGACAUUUAACAAUAGGCCUAAUAAAAAAGUCAUAAGUUGUUUUUUUUAUUGUAACACCUCAGUGAACUUUCACAGUGGAAGCAGGUUACAUUAUCAUUACAAUAUUACCUCCCAUUCAGGGGCACUGCGCAGUAUACUUGAAAAGUAAAUUCUUAUAUUUUCUGAAUGGAAAUGUUGUUUUUAACUUAUCAAUAAAUUUGAUGCUUUUGU